AUGCUCGGGGGCGCAGGCGUCUCUUCGUUCUGCCUGCUGGCGCUCACCCUGCUGCUGCUUCGGCUGUGGGUGGCAUUGGCAACGGGAAGGAUGAGAAGAGAAAGUGAAGAAGGUAGUUCUCAGCUACAGCAUGAAGUGAUAAUACCUCAGUGGAAGACUAAAGCAAGCCCCACAGGAGAAAAGCAUCCACUAAGAGCUGAGCUCAGGGUCACUGCGGAGGGGAAAGAACUGAUCCUGGACCUAAAGAAGAAUGAGGACCUUUUUGCUCCAAGCUAUACGGAAACUCAAUAUACUCAAAGUGGAAACCCUCAAACCACCAUGCUGAAGGCUGAGGAUCACUGCUUUUACCAUGGGACAGUGAGGAAGGCGGAAGGGUCCAGCGUCACACUUAGCACCUGCCGGGGAAUUAGAGGACUGAUUAUGGUGACUAGUAACCUCAGCUACAUCAUCGAGCCCCUCCCAGAUAGCGAGGGCCAGCACCUGAUUUACAGAUCUGAACAUCUCAAGCUGCCCUCAGGGAACUGUGGGUUCCAGCACUCCAUCCCCAUCGCCAAAGACUGGGCCCUUCAGUUUACAAACCAGACCAAGAAGCGACCUCGCAGGAUGAAAAGGGAAGAUUUACACUCCACGAAGUACGUGGAACUUUACCUUGUGGCUGAUUAUGCAGAGUUUCAGAAGAAUCGACGAGACCCAGAAGCCACCAAACAAAAACUCAUAGAGAUCGCCAACUAUGUUGAUAAGUUCUACCGAUCCUUGAACAUCCGGAUUGCCCUCGUGGGCUUGGAAGUGUGGACUCAUGGGAACUUGUGUGAAGUUUCAGAGAAUCCAUAUUCCACCCUCUGGUCAUUCCUUAGCUGGAGGCGCAAGCGACUCGCCCAGAAGAAGCACGAUAAUGCACAGUUAAUCACAGGCGUGUCAUUCCAUGGCACCACCAUUGGCCUGGCACCUCUCAUGGCCAUGUGCUCUGUGUACCAAUCAGGAGGUGUCAACAUGGACCACUCCGAGAACCCCAUUGGUGUGGCUGCCACCAUGGCCCACGAGAUGGGUCACAACUUUGGGAUGAGCCAUGAUUCUGCGAAUUGCUGCCCAGCCAGCGCGGAUGACGGUGGCUGCAUCAUGGCUGCUGCCACCGGGCACCCUUUUCCCAGAGUGUUCAAUGGGUGCAACAAGAGGGAGUUGGACAGGUAUCUGCAGUCAGGUGGUGGAAUGUGCCUCUCCAACAUGCCAGACACGAGAACACUGUAUGGAGGCCGGCGGUGUGGGAAUGGAUACCUGGAAGAUGGAGAAGAGUGUGACUGUGGGGAGGAAGAGGAAUGUAAUAACCCGUGCUGCAAUGCUUCCAACUGUACACUGAAGGAAGGGGCAGAGUGUGCCCAUGGUGCCUGCUGUCACCAUUGUAAGCUGCUGGCCCCUGGUACCCUGUGUCGUGAGCAGGCUCGCCAGUGUGACCUCCCGGAGUUCUGCACCGGCAAGUCUCCCCACUGCCCCACCAACUUCUACCAGAUGGACGGCACUCCCUGUGAAGGUGGUGAUGCGUACUGUUACAACGGCAUGUGCCUCACCUACAAGGAUCAGUGCCAGCAGCUAUGGGGCCCUGGAGCCCGACCUGCCCCUGAUCUCUGCUUCGAGAAGGUGAAUGUGGCAGGAGACACCUUUGGAAACUGUGGAAAAGACAUUAAUGGUGAACACAGGAAGUGCAACAUGAGGGAUGCCAAAUGUGGAAAGAUCCAGUGUCAGAGUCCCGAGGCCCGGCCCCUGGAGUCCAACGCAGUGUCCAUUGACACCACCAUCUUCAUAAACGGGCAGAGUAUCAAAUGUAGGGGCACCCACGUCUACCGAGGUCCUGAGGAGGAGGGUGACAUGCUGGAUCCAGGCCUGGUGAUGACCGGCACCAAGUGUGGCAACAACCACAUUUGUUUUGAGGGACAGUGCAGGAAUACCUCCUUCUUUGAAAGUGAAGGCUGUGGGAAGAAGUGCAAUGGCAACGGGGUCUGCAACAACAACAAGAAUUGCCACUGCUUCCGGGGCUGGGCUCCACCCUUCUGCACAAAACCCGGCGAGGGGGGCAGCAUCGACAGUGGACCCAUGCCCACUGAGAGUGCUGUUCCUGUGGUAGCUGGAGUGGUGGGAGCCAUCCUGGCAGUGGUGGUCCUGGUGCUGAUGUACUGCUACUUCAGACCCAACAGCAAACUGGGUCAGCUCAAGCCUUCCACCCUCCCAUUCAAGCUGAGGCAACACUUCAGUUGUCCUUUCCGGGUGUCUCAGAACAGCGGAACUGGCCAUGCCAACCCAACCUUCAAACUGCAGACACCCCAGGGGAAGCGGAAGAUGAUCAAUACCCCAGAAACCUUUCGGAAACCUUCCCAGCCCCCUCCUCGGCCUCCUCCAGACUACCUACAUGGUAACCCCCCACCUGUGUUAUUACCAGCACACCUCAGCAAGGCUGAUAUGAACUCCCCAGCAGCCAGGCCUGAACUAGAGAGAAAAGAGUCAUACAGGAGACCUCCCCCAAGCCGGCCAGUGCCCCCCGCACCAAAUUACAUCCUCUCCCAGGAUUCUUCCCGGCCAAAAGCACCCCAGAAGGCACUGCCUGCUAACCCAGUGCCCGGACGCAAGAUCCUCCCAAGGCCAAAUGGCACCUCUGCUCUGCUGCCCCCUGCUGCUGGCCCUCAGCAGUGCCGGCCACUGCUACCACCUGCCCCAAAGUGA